AACUCGGGGAUCUUGUGCAUUGAGUUGAGAAGGAGCUUCGACGUCUUCCCCGGCUGCUGCUGCUGCUGGAUUCUCUCCCUAUGGAUCUCACUCCUCGCCUGUGACUUGGUUUGCUUGUCCCCGAUCUCCUUGUCAUUGUCGUAUCGCUUCAUUUCUUCUCCCCAUCGGACUCUGCUGUCAUCUCUGCACUCAUGUUAGUCCACGCGUACUCUGCCAUGGAGCGAUCUGAUGCCCUGAAUGGAGCUGCCGGCGGCGGCCGGCUAUCCCAGCUCUCCUCUCUGAACCAGGGAGCUUACACCUCGGCUCCUCCGCUGUGCCACACCCCGGCAUCCGACUUCCAACCGCCUUACUUUCCGCCUCCGUACCCCCAGCCGCCUUUAUCCUAUUCCCAGGGACAGGAGUCUGGAUACCCUCACCUGGGGGACCCGUACAGCAGCAUUAACCCGAUCCAUCAGCACCAACAGCAGGCAUGGCACGCACAGAGGGGGCGCCAGGAGGAGGCUGGGCUGCUCUCCCAGGCACACAGGGGGCUCAGUCUGGACCCUCGCAGGGAUUAUGGGGGGGUCCCUCGUCUGCUGCAAGGCCUGGGAGAUGGGGGUCACAGCCUGACAGAGAGUGCCCUGUCCCUUCAUGCCCUGUCUCACCACAGCGUGGAGGACAUGCAGAUGAUGGAUGAAUCAGGAGUCAGUUUAUUGGAUCAGUCUGUGAUAAAGAAAGUUCCCAUACCAUCAAAGAAUAAUGGCAGCAUGAUGUCUUCUCUGUCUAUGAAUAAAGAAAGCCUCAUCGGUGGAGUGACCAAUCCAAAUGAGGUUUUCUGUUCGGUCCCGGGCCGGCUAUCACUUCUCAGUUCCACUUCCAAGUACAAGGUGACAGUGGGAGAAGUGCAGAGGCGCCUGUCACCCCCUGAGUGUCUCAAUGCUUCCCUGCUUGGAGGGGUUUUAAGGAGAGCAAAGUCAAAGAAUGGCGGUCGCUGUCUCAGAGAGAGGUUGGAGAAGAUAGGCCUGAACCUGCCAGCAGGGAGACGCAAAGCAGCCAAUGUCACUCUACUGACAUCUCUGGUGGAAGGUGAGGCUGUGCACCUUGCCCGGGAUUUUGGCUACGUGUGUGAGACGGAGUUCCCAGCUAAAGCGACAGCUGAAUACCUCUGCAGACAGCACUCGGACCCCACAGAACUUCAUACACGGAAAAACAUGCUACUUGCUACCAAGCAGAUAUGCAAAGAAUUUGCAGACCUAUUGGCCCAAGAUCGCUCCCCGCUGGGAAACAGCCGUCCAUCCCUUAUCCUAGAACCGGGUGUCCAGAGCUGCCUCACCCACUUCAGCCUAAUCACACAUGGAUUUGGAGGUCCAGCCAUAUGUGCAGCUCUUACUGCUUUUCAAAACUACCUGUUGGAGUCUCUCAAGGGGAUGGACAAGAUCUUCAUGAACAGCACAGGAAAUGGACACUCCACUGGGGAAUCCAAACCUUCUGAGAAGGAUAUUAAGCAUCGGAAAUAACCCCUGGCAUAGAUAGGGAGAACCGAGAGGUGAAUGAUGCUGGGAAGCAGAAGUGGACAUAAGGAGGAGACAUGUCUCUUGCAAUUUCCUGGGAACAGUUGUAAUCACUGAACAUAAAUGAUUUAUGUUACAACAAGCUUCCUUUCUAAAAAUGGACCAAGAAAGUGUUGUGUGAGGGCCAAGAUUGAACAUUUUACAAAAGGAAAA